CUGAACAGCAGGGAGAGAGAGAGCCUCUCCCAAAGGGAGACAUCACCAUCACCGCCCGAGCCUUCAGCCCGCUGAGGGAACAAAACAUGGAGGAAACGAUACGAUAAAGCCGGAGAACCAGCGCUAGGUUAUUUAUUUACAUAUUUAUUCAUUUAUUUAUUCCCCCUGCCUGUAAUGGCUGGGGUCCAUGGCUGCGGCUGCUGAGAGGCAGGUGCAGUAUCAUCGACGUUUCAUUUCUCGGCAUGGACUCAACCAGAGCCGAUCCACAGGCCGGCCCACCCAGCAUCCACCGCCUCACGGAUCAGAUGCUCUCUGCGGGAGGAGAGCUGUAGCUGGGCCGCUUCUGGAGGCGACACAUCGGGCUGUUAGUGGAGGAGGAGGCGGCCCUCUUUACAUCCAAAUAUCGGAGCCAGUAUUUCCAGCACCGAGCUCAAGGUUAUGCGCCACUUCACACAACAACAGCCAGUCUGCGUUCACGAAUCUGUGCUGCUGAAUAUGGAGUAAAUGUUUUAUUUAUCUGAGUAAAAACUGAGAUCGUCACUCCUUUUCAUGCUCCGGGCUAGGGAUGGGAAAUAAAUCACGUUUUUAAAGCUAUAUUGAUGUGUUUUCAAACAGAGUAAGGGACAAAAAUAUCAUAAAUAUUCAACUGGAGAAUAUCAAGAUAUGGUUUUUGGUCCAUAUCGCUCAGCUCUACUCUGAGAGGACCCAAACUGUGACAGACUCUCCUCACAGGCCUUAAACUCAUCAUCACAACCUCCCCAUCUGGAGACAGAACCAGCCGCCAACAUGAUGGAGCUUCAGCUAGACGAGGCGGUCUACCAGGAUGACUACGGCUCCGGAUCUGUAAUGUCGGAGCGGGUGUCCGGUUUGGCCAACAGCAUCUACCGGGAGUUUGAGCGGCUGAUCCGCAGCUAUGACGAGGAGGUGGUGAAGGAGCUGAUGCCGCUGGUGGUGAACGUCCUGGAGAACCUGGACGCGGUGCUGACGGAGAACCAGGAGCACGAAGUGGAGCUGGAGCUGCUGAAGGAGGACAACGAGCAGCUCAUCACCCAGUACGAGAGGGAGAAAGCGCUGAGGAAGCAGGCAGAGGAGAAAUUCAUUGAGUUUGAGGAUGCACUGGAGGCUGAGAAGAAGGACCUGCAGGUACAGGUGGAGUUUCUGGAGCUGCAGGGGAAACAGCUGGAGCUCAAGACCAAGAACUACUCCGACCAGAUCACUCGGUUGGAGGAGCGAGAAUCUGACAUGAAGAAAGAAUACAACGCUCUGCACCAGCGCCACACUGAGAUGAUUCAGACAUACGUUGAGCACAUAGAGCGGUCCAAAAUGCAGCAGGCAGGGAGCAACAGCCAACCAGACGGCCCCGGCUGUGGACGAACUCAACGCCACACAUGGAGGAAAAGCAAAGCGGAGCGCCCGCCGUCACUGAGCCUGUACCCGAGCGGCGAGGGCAUGGUACGUGGGGGUCUCGGGGGGGCUAGGAUGAUGCCCGGGAAGGACAUCUGGCAGGAGGAUGGAUCAGAGUCCGACUCAGUGGCAGCCACACCUAGCAGCACAGGAAGCAAGUCCAACACGCCCACCUCCUCCGUCCCCUCGGCCACCGUCACCCCCAUCAACGAAGGCUUCCUCCCACAGUCCGAGUUUGAAGGGAUGAGGGCCGGAAACCGGCGGAAAAGUGCAAAGAGGCUCAGCCGGAACAUGGAGGUGCAGGUUUCACAGGAGACCAGGAAUGUCAGCAUCGGAAUGGGAAGCAGCGAUGAGUGGUCAGAGUUUCAGGAGAUCAUUGACUCAACCCCAGAGCUUGACAUGUGUGUGGACCCCCGAGUGUACGGAGGUGGAAACAGCCCCUCUCAGGGCAUCGUGAACGAGGCCUUCGGCAUCAACACCGACUCUCUCUACCACGAGAUCAAAGAUGCCAAGUCGGACAUCAUUGGAGAUGUGGAUGCAGGCGCAGAGCUGCUAGGCGAGUUCUCAGUCCGUGAUGAUUUCUUCGGGAUGGGGAAGGAGGUGGAGAACCUGCUGACAGAGAAUAAGCAGCUCCUAGAGACCAAAAAUGCUCUCAACAUAGUGAAAAACGACCUUAUAGCCAAAGUGGACGAGCUGUCGAGCGAACAGGAGGUGCUGAGGGAGGAGCUGGAGGCAGUGAGACAGUCGAAGAACAAGGUGGACGCUCGAGUCAAAGAGCUGGAAGAAGAACUCAAGAGGUUACGAGCUGAGGCUCUCGGUGCAUCUCGAGACUCAAAGGAUGAAGGAGGUGAUGAUUUUUCUUCACCAAUGCAGGAUGGUGACAUGACGAUGACGCAGCGGCGGCGGUUCACACGGGUGGAGAUGGCGCGCGUGCUGAUGGAGAGGAACCAGUACAAAGAGAGACUGAUGGAGCUGCAGGAGGCUGUACGGUGGACAGAGAUGAUCAGGGCGUCCAGAGAAAGUCCUCAGAUCCAAGAGAAAAAAAAGUCCACCAUCUGGCAGUUCUUUGCACGUCUCUUCAGCUCCUCGUCCAGCCCUCCGCCCGUCAAGCGGCCGUACUACAGCGUCAACAUCCACUACAAGUCUCCGUCUCCGGCUGGUUUCUCUCAGCGACGCAGCCACACCAUGUGCCAGAUCUCCACCUCUAACCGGACGCUUGAGUUCUUCCCUGAAGAACUGGCGAGUAAUGGUGUUGCGUCUCUCCUCAGCGACUCUGCUCUGUUGGCUCGCCGUGAGCAGCGGCGUGAACAGUAUCGGCAGGUCCGGGAGCACAUGCGGCGUGAUGACGGCAUCAUGCAGGCCUGUGGGUGGAGUGUGCCAUCACGCUUUAAACAGACUGGAGGUCAGACGGACAGCGCUCAGGACAGCCCGCUGAAGAGACAACAGACUACGAAUGAGAAAGAGGAUAACCGCAUGAAGAAUGUUCCCGUCCCCGUCUACUGUCGUCCUCUGGUGGAGAAAGACCCCAACAGGAAGCUGUGGUGUGCAGCUGGAGUGGAUCUCACAGGAUGGAGGGUCAGCAGUCAGGAAUCACUGCAGAGCAAAGCGCUGUCAGGCAGCAGCGACCCACUGCACGCUGAGGAGGAUGGAGACAAGAAGACCCACAGCUCCCCGGAGAAGAGGAAGUCAAAGGAGCUCCAAGAGACAGACACCAUGAGCAGUCGGGUGUGGAUCCUCACCAGCACACACUCCGCCAGCAAGGUGGUCAUCAUUGACGCUAACCAGCCGGGCUCGCUGGUCGACCAGUUCAAUGUCUGCAACGCCCACGUGCUCUGCAUCUCCAGCGUGCCAGCUGCCAGUGAGAGCGACUACCCAGCAGGUGAGAUUGUGUUGGAUCCAGGUGACGGAGGAGCCGGCGGAGGUGAUGACAGCGGCAGCGUGGAGGGAAUGUUGGCUGGGAUCACUCUGGUCGGCUGUGCCACAAACUGCAGCGUCGCACGGAGCAACUGCUCGUCACGCACCGACACGCCCAUCAUGGACAAAGGACAAGCUCCCACAGCUCCCCCCAUUAACGGGAAGAUUCACCCCGCCCAGUCGGCUGAAGAGGCCACAGAAGCCACCGAGGUUUCCGAGUCAACGACUGGCCACACGGAGCACGGACCCCCAGGACCGUUUACCGAACAUGUCUUCACAGACCCCCCGCCUCGGCCAGCAGACUCCUCGGACAGGAGCGCAGGUCAGUCCAAAGAGGAAAGCUCUCAACCUCCAGAGUCAGAGGAUGGAGGUGACGAGACCAAGAACUUUACCAGUGUGGCCCCUACCAUGUGGCUCGGGGCCCAGAAUGGAUGGCUCUAUGUCCACUCUGCCGUUGGAAACUGGAAAAAGUGCCUCCACUCCAUCAAACUCAAAGACUCUGUGCUCAGUCUGGUACAUGUCAAAGGACGAGUGCUGGUUGCUCUCGCUGAUGGGACUCUCGCCAUAUUUCACAGAGCCGAGGACGGCCAGUGGGAUUUAUCAAACUAUCACCUCAUGGACCUCGGCCGGCCUCAUCACUCCAUCCGCUGCAUGGCGGUGGUCCACGAUAAGGUCUGGUGUGGCUACAAGAACAAAAUCCACGUCAUCCAGCCCAAGAGCAUGCAGAUCGAGAAGUCUUUCGACGCUCAUCCUCGCAGAGAGAGUCAGGUGAGGCAGCUAGCAUGGAUUGGUGACGGUGUGUGGGUGUCAAUCCGGUUAGACUCCACGCUGCGUCUGUACCACGCACAUACACACCAACACCUCCAGGACGUGGACAUCGAGCCGUAUGUCAGCAAGAUGCUAGGAACUGGAAAGCUGGGCUUCUCUUUUGUGCGAAUCACAGCGCUUCUGAUUGGUGGAAAUCGUCUCUGGGUGGGGACAGGAAAUGGUGUGAUCAUCUCCAUCCCGCUGACAGAAACCGUGGUCCUUCACCGGGGUCAGCUCCUUGGUGUGAGGGCCAAUAAGGUGUCUCCCACGUCGUCAGGCGGGGUGAUCCACGUCUACGGAGACGACGGCUCUGAGAAGAGCAGUGGCAGCUUCAUCCCGUACUGCUCCAUGGCUCAGGCUCAGCUCUGUUUCCAUGGACACCGAGACGCUGUCAAGUUCUUUGUCUCCGUACCUGGAAAUGUGCUGGCUACCUUAAACGGCAGCGUGUUGGACAGUCCAUCAGAAAGUGAGGGCUCAACCGCGCCCUCCCAAGAGACGGAAACCCAGAGUGUCCACAACGUGCUGGUGCUGAGCGGAGGAGAGGGAUACAUCGACUUCCGUAUCGGAGACGGCGAGGAUGAUGAGACGGAGGAGGGUGAGAACACUGCCGGUGGGGCUUCUCAGAUGAAACCGUCUCUGUGUAAAGCAGAGCGGAGCCAUAUCAUCGUCUGGCAGGUGUCUUACAUACCUGAGUGACACCUGGGUCUGCUUUAACACCUCACCCACUCCUCCCCCUUAUAAAAAUCUCCCCUCCUCCCUCUUGAAAGCUUCCAGCAGCCCCAAACCUUGUAAUUACCCCCGGUCAUGUUAAAGUCCCCGUUGGCUCUGAAUUGACCUUCCCAGCCGUGUAUCGUCCCCUGUAACUAUUCUGCCCCAUCGACUUGUAACUUUAACGCCUUGUAAGUACCUCCUCUGAUCUGUAAUCUGCCUGCCAUGCUGUUUGUCCCUCACAGGGCACUGUAACUAUCUUCAUGAGCCCUGUAACCCAGCCUCAUAACUACCUCCCUCCUCUGUAUCGAUCUUAUAUUCACCCUGUAAGCACACUCGAUCUCCUCCUAUAUUUACCUCAAUUGUCCUGCCUGCAUCUGCCCCCCCCGCCGCCCCCCCACUUAGUUUGUCCUCUGUGAAACCUUCAACCCCUCUUAAAGCGACGCCCAGAGCCCCGACAUGCAACAAUUCUACCAAAAAACAAAACCGGCAGCAGCAACAGGAAGGUGAUCGACAGCACUGAUGGGCUUUUCCACCAGGAAUGUGUCUGAUUUUUCUGCAAACAGCCAAUCAGGAAUCCAGAAUCAUUAACACCAAAAUGAGGACCCAGUUUAGAUGAAGGAAAUGGUGCAGAUGUCAGAUUUUAUGGCUAAAAAGGGUGUAGAGCAUGAAUACAAAUCUAUGAAAAGGCUUGUUUCUGCCUUUAGCAGAAGGAGGGAUGUCAGACAUUUAGAUUCUUUAAAUCGGUUCAAGAGCUUAAACUCUGGGAAAGAUCUUUAGUCAUAUUUUUAACCAAAUUCUGUUGUGAGGGAAAAAGAGCAUCUUUGAAUUCAAUGGUUUGCAAAUACUGACUCAAAUGAGGACUCAAGUCCUUUUAGGGUCUUAAAAAUAUGCAAAAAUCAUCAUAAGGUCUUUACAGUGCUGUGGAUUAUAGCUGCAAAACAAAGAAGAAAAUACUUUGCAAUCUUUUCACAGGACUGGUGUGCAGGAGAGGAAUGAGCCCCGCAAAUAUGACAAUAUUUUGUGAAAUUUAUUCAGUGUGCAGGCAAAUUUUUGAUAAUCAAAAACAAUGAAUAGCACAAUAUUGGAUGCUUAGGGUGUCUAUGUUGUUCAGGUAUCAAAGAAGUAUUGAUUAGGGAUGGGAAGGAUUUCCAAAUAUUCUAAUGUUCAUUUAAUAAAAAUCCAACAUUUCAUAUCUCAAUUCAAAGAUGUCAUGUCAAAGUUUGAUAUCCAGGUUUUAAAUUCUGGUGUUGUGACAACCCUAGCAACUGGUGUAGGAGGUUUGGAUAGUGAGACAUUUGAGUGUAAUUAAAAGCUUACAGGACAAACACUCGUACUUAUUAUAUAUCAUGAUGGAUUAUUGCUCAUUUUUCUUCCGCCAUUAAGAAUUCCACUCAGAAACAAUGUUUAAAUGGGCAUUAUCAGAUCUUCUUAUACAUAUCUGAUGCAGCUGAUUGUAAACUAAAGGAUCAAAAAGUUGUGUAAACAGGGUUGUUAUUGUGUCAUGUCGAGGGUCUCUUUUCUCUCCUCUGAUUGGCUGUUGAUCAGACGGUUCGGUGUGAAGCAGGCGAUCAGUGAUGUGUCGUCUUUACGUGUACAGGGAUUAUUGUAAAUCUGCAGAAACACCGACGCCCAUCCUCUCCGUUCAGUAUGGAUUCAUGCAUCGAUCUAUCUGUGUGGAUUAAAUAUUAAACAUAUUUGUGUGCU